AAUACAAAUUUAAAAAUGGCACCAAAAAGAGAACCAUCGAUAAAGAAGUCUCCAUCAGGCGGAACAUUACCAAGACUUGGACCUCCUUUCCCUUGUUCUGCCUCCACACCUGCACCCCCGAAGCCGGUUCCAGAGCUCAAGCCUCGGCUGCUGCGCCCUUCUGACUCCCCAUUUGAUCCCAGUACACUGGAGAUUGAGUUUAACCUGGAGCAAAUCCAUGAAUUCAAAGAGGCCUUCCUUCUAUUUGACCGGACGGGAGAUGGGAAGAUCUGCUACAGUCAGUGUGGAGACGUGAUGCGGGCCCUCGGCCAGAACCCCGUCAACGCUGAGGUGCUCAAGGUUCUAGGCAACCCCAAGGCUGAGGAGAUGAACACCAAAAUGCUGGACUUUGAGCAGUUCCUGCCUAUGCUCCAGGCCAUUGCUAAGAACAAAGACCAGGGCUCCUUUGAGGACUUUGUGGAGGGGCUGCGAGUGUUUGACAAGGAAGGCAACGGCACAGUAAUGGGCGCUGAGCUCCGCCACGUUCUCACCACACUGGGGGAAAAAAUGACAGAGGAUGAAGUAGAAACACUCCUGGCUGGACAUGAGGAUGCCAAUGGCUGCAUCAACUAUGAAGCUUUUGUUCGUCACAUCAUGUCUGGCUGAGAGCCGUCUCAGGAAACUUGUGCGGAUGGUCAUGAAUGGUUGAAGAUAAAGAAAGCAGCAAAUCUUUGUUUCCUUGUGCAUUUGUCUAUUUGUCAUUCCGUAUUUCUCACCAUUCCUUUUGUUCAUUCAUUCCUCCCCACAUCUUUUGCUUCUCUUUUCCGCACGUUUGCACUCAUACGUUUUUAUUUUCAGAAGUGCCUUUAUCUUCCCCAGUUAAGAUCCCACAUGGCCUCGUCACUAGUGUCUAUUGUCUAGUGAUAUUACAAGCACAUAGCUGCAUGAAGGUGAACUCUCUGCAAUAAAACCUCUUCAUGCAGCACAGGUCCAUGUAGUAACAUCAUAUUAGAUGCAAUACAUCCAGUCAAUCCUCAGGCACUUUACUGAUGGACAGUGCUUUAUAGCAGGGCAGUUGCAUCUUCCUUUAGCUGCUUCAUUCAAUGAGGGGCAAUUUUAUGCAGAAAAUCUUAACAUCAGAACUAAAAGGUCAUGUUUCAAAUUGUACUAUUUUCAAUUUUGUUUUUUCCUAUUCAUGUUUGGGCCUAAAAUAAAAUACAAUUUAAAAUAA